AACAUUUUCUCUCUCCUCCUUCCGCCCCUUAUAAAUACGCCUAUUGCUAAAACAAUUGGAUCUCUUCCCUUUUGGGGUUUCAUGGGAGGCGGCCCCCUUUCUCAGAGAAAAACCCAUUAAAAAAAUUGAAAACUCUGUAACAGGAUCUGAGGACAAUUUGUAUAAAUAUAUAUACAUACACAUACAUACUUAAAUUAUACAGAGAAUAAAAAAAGAAGAGAGAAGAGAUUCUCGAUAUUCGUACAGAAACGAAACUUCUUGAUUCGAUUAAAAUACCCUCUUCGCCACAAUGACUGCUUAAAUUGUGAGUGGCAGGCUGGAAAUGUAAUGCAAGGGCAUGGUGCAUGACCAACAUAAGUGUUUUUCCGUUCGGUUUUUUCACGUGCAAUGUCUCGCUGUUUCCCAUUUCCGCCACCUGGAUAUGAGAUAAAGGCUAGCCCCGAUAACGUGAACUUGAUAUCGAAGGAGAAGCAUAAGCCCAAAAAGCACAAGGAAAAGAAGGAUAAAGACAAGAAAGAAAGAAGCGAGAAAAAGGAAAAAAAGGAUAGAAGUGAAGGUAAACAUAAAGAUGACCGGAAGCAAAAGAAGAAAGAUAAGCAAGAGAAAAAAACCGAGAAGUGUGUUGCCGACGAUAGCAAAUCGACCGAUGGAAUGCAGGAUUAUAGAAUUCUGGUCGAAUUGGGAAAAAGAGUUCGAAAUGACGAUGGGGCGACGACGGAUAAUCGAACACUUGGGAAAAUCGCAGUCGUGGAACAAAAGCAUGAGCUUAUUACGGCUAAUGGACACACUCCCAAAGUUGAGGCUAAUGGCUCUAUAAACGGUUUUCAUGGGAAGUUUUGUGGAGAUGGAAUCGAGAAGAGGAAUGAGUUAAAAGAAAAGAAGGAAAAUGGAAAUAGUGUCGGCGAAGGCAAGAACGAAGAUCGAGAUAAGAAGAGGGAGGAAAAGAAGAGAAAGAAAGAGAGGAAAAAGGAGAAGAAAAUGGAGAAGGAGAAGAAACAGACGAAGGUGAAGGAGAGUAGUAAAGAGAACGUUAAACAAACAGAAAACAACGGUAAUGCUCUUUAUAAUAAUAAUAAUAAUAAUCCCUCGGAUCAUUUGAAGGAGAGCCUCGACGGUUGGGGAAAUAUUCCGAAACAAGAAAAGCGCGCGAUGAAUGGCGUUUUGCAUGACAACGGAUUUCGACCCAAUACUCCUACGUUAAGGGCGGUUGUGGAAAAAGUUUCUCCUGUUACGAAUCAAAAGAUCGACGUCAUCACAAAUCAUGUGGAGAAGGAGAAAGGGGCCGUUAUUACAAAUCAAAAGAUCGACGGUGUUAUUACAAAUGGGAAGAUCAACGGCAAGCUCUCGUCCUCUCAAUUAGUGGUUGAAAAUAACCACUCGACAUCUCAUAACGGAAAGGCCGGUUCAAAUAAUCAUGCAACGAGUAAUGGCAAUAGUACUAAUCCGACAAAUGUGAAACCAAACUCGGGGCCCGUUGUGGAGAAUGGAAGGAAGUUGGAUAAUGGCGCAUUAGAUGGUAAAACGUCCACGUCAUCGAGGCCGUUGUCCGUAUCUGUAAAAGCUCGUAAGGAGAAGGAGAAGAAAGUUACGAAGACUAAUCAUCCUGAUUUGAAAUACUUGAGCCAGAUUUUGACUGUACCGAAAGUAGAUCCGCCUAGAUUUGACGAUCAAGAUUGGUUGUUUGGAUACAAGGCAAAGAGGCCGAAAUUGGGUUCCGAGUCGACUCAUAAGCAUGUUUGGGCCGAAGCUAUCGAAUUGGGGGCCGCAGAUAUUAUUGCUCUGCCUUAUGUCAUUCCUUACUAGAUAUAUGAUAUUUCAACUGUAUUACUGGACCACAACAAAUUUUGUGAAUGUUAUACUAUAUGUAUACAAAAUUUUCAGAGUGAGAAGGAAGUAGCAGUUUUGCUUGAAAUUUCGAUUUCGUUUUU